AUUGCUGCAGAAUUAUGGUUUAUUAAACAAAUGUUAAAUAAACAUACUAGACUAAAGCCACCUAAUUUGACCGACAUUUAAAAUCUAAUCCUAUUGAGCUUCUUGUCCUUCACUCAAACAAUCCUAUAUAUGACUCUGAAAUUUAUGGAUAAGGGCAUAGACCAUUAAGUGAAUGAAUGGUAAAAUGUCAAGAUCAAUAUUUCUUAUAUUUUUCUUGGUUCCGUGCUCAAGCCUUCUCAUCCCAGGGCAUGCUCACCGGCCAUCAUCGCCUGAAACACAUGUUGCCUUAUUUAUCUUUGGAGAUUCAAUAUUUGAUGCAGGAAAUAAUAACUAUAUCAACACCACUCUCCGGGUAAAUUUCUGGCCAUACGGCGAAACCUUCUUUAAAUACCCCACUGGGAGAGCUUCAAAUGGGCGUUUAAUUCCAGAUUUUAUUGCUGAGUAUGCAAAGUUACCAUUAAUUCCAACAUUUUUGCCAUUCUAUAAAGAUCAAUUUGUUUAUGGUGUGAACUUCGCAUCCUCAGGAGCUGGUGCUUUAGCUGAAACUCAACGAGGAUAUGUAAUAGAUCUUAACACUCAGCUAAGUUAUUUCAAGCUGGUGGAGAAGCAGUUGAAGCAGAAACUAGGUGAUGCAGGAGCCAAAAGAUUGCUAUCCAAAGCUGUUUACAUAUUUAGCAUUGGGACCAAUGAUUACUUGGUCCCUUUGUUCACAAACUCAAGUGUGCUUCAAUCGGAUUACUCUAGAAAAAAAUAUAUAGGGAUGGUGAUCGGCAACCUGACAACUACAAUCAAAGAAAUAUAUGAGAUUGGAGGAAGGAAAUUUGGGUUCUUAAAUUUGGAUGAUUUGGGUUGUUUACCACUCAUAAGAGCAAUUGUACCGGGAAGCUCAGGAUCUUGCCUGGAGAGUGUUUCAGAGUUAGCAAAACUACAUAACAAAGCACUAUCUGAAGUCCUGCCGGAGCUAGAGAGCCAAUUACCAGGAUUCAAAUAUGCAAUUCAUGAUUUCUACAAUUCUUCUCUGGAAAUCAUCAACAACCCUUCAAGAUAUGGUUUGAAGGAGGCCAUAGUGGCAUGUUGUGGCAGUGGUCGAUACAGAGGAACAUACAGCUGUGGGGGGAUGACUGGAAUAAAAGAUUACGAGUUAUGUGAUAAUCCUGAGGAAUAUAUGUUCUUUGAUGCUAUUCAUCCCACUGAGAAGACAUACAAGAUAAUUGCAGAACUUGUGUGGAAUGGAACCCCAAAUAUCACAGGGCCUUACAAUCUGAAGAAACUAUUUGAACAUUUAUAGCUGAUCAAUUAAUGUUUAUUGUUUGUAUAACAAAUAAGAUAAAAAGACCUUUGAGGUCAAGCUAUGCUUUGAAUAAUAUACCAGCCUUGUGCCGGUUAAAGAUGACAGAAGUGUGGGAAAUGUAGAUGACAGUAAGUUAUACAUAAUAUUGUUGAUUUCCCUGUCAAGUCAGUAACUUGUUCAAUAGAGUAUU